CACUCAACUUCCUCUUUCAACAACAAAUUUGUCAGUUAUCAGCAGGAUCCGUAACACCCUGAGUUAGGCUUUUUCACCCCCAGCUCCCUGCAAAGAGACAAGAGUGCUAAUUCCAGCAAGGCUCCAGGGGAUCAUAACUCCGUGGCUUACUUUGAUGAAUAUACUGAAAUAUUCAAGAUGGGUAGCAACAGUACUAGCAGUGAUGAGACUAACUGCAAUGUCACUAAUGUAACAUUUCAGUACUCCCUCUAUGCAACCACUUACACCCUCAUAUUCAUCCCUGGUCUUCUGGCCAACAGUGCAGCCUUGUGGGUCCUGUGCCGCUUCAUCAGCAAGAAAAAUAAAGCCAUCAUUUUCAUGAUCAACCUCUCCGUGGCUGACCUUGCCCAUGUGCUGUCCUUACCCCUCCGGAUUUACUAUUACAUCAGCCACCAAUGGCCUUUCCAGAAGACCCUUUGCCUGCUGUGCUUCUACCUGAAGUAUCUCAAUAUGUAUGCCAGCAUUUUCUUCCUGACUUGCAUCAGCCUUCAGAGGUGCUUCUUUCUCCUCAAGCCCUUCAGGGCCAGAGACUGGAAGCGUAGGUACGAUGUGGGCAUCAGUGCUGCCAUCUGGAUCAUCGUGGGCACUGCUUGUUUGCCAUUUCCCAUCCUGAGAAGCACGGACUUAGCCAACAACACUGAAUCCUGCUUUGCUGAUCUUGGAUACAAGCGAAUGAAUGCAGUGGCUUUGGUUGGGAUGAUUACAGGUGCUGAGCUGGUAGGAUUUGUGGUCCCGGUAGUCACCAUUGCAUGGUGUACCUGGAAAACUACCAUAUCCUUGAGACAACCAUCAAUGACUUUCCAAGGAAUCAGUGAGAGGCAGAAAGCACUGCGGAUGGUUUUCAUGUGUGCUGCAGUCUUUGUCAUAUGCUUCACUCCCUAUCAUAUUAACUUUAUUUUUUACACCAUGGUAAAGGAAACCAUCAUUAGCAGUUGUUCCAUUGUCAAAAGCACACUGUAUUUUCACCCUUUUUGUCUAUGUCUUGCAAGUCUCUGCUGCCUUUUGGAUCCAAUUCUCUAUUACUUCAUGGCCUCAGAGUUUCGUGACCAACUAUCCCGCCAUGGCAGCUCUGUGACCCGUUCACGCCUGAUGAGCAGGGAGAGUGGUUCAUCAAUGAUUGGCUAAAAAAUAAAAUAAUUUUUCAAUUACAA